CCUUUCUGCAAUCAAAUACUCGGCACUAUCUGGGCCUUUUGGCUGUAUCGUGCGUCUUAUACAUCGCUUAUACAUCCCACCAUUAUCUUCCCGAAGUUAACAGUCUGACCGAUCAGCGGCGUCACAAGCUCCCUCACCAUGUCCGGAUUUGAGAUAGCCGGGAUAGUAUUGGGAUCGAUUCCGUUGGUUAUAGUAGCUUUGGAACACUAUGCUGAAGGGCUCUCGACCAUAAAGAGCAUGCAAAAGUACGAGGAGGCAUUCGGAUAUCUUCAUGCUUCUUUCGUGACUAUUGCUUGCAUCUACAGAAACUCUUGUGAAGAGCUUUUGAGUCCAUUAGCUCUUUCUGAUGCUCAACUAUCCCAGCUUCUUGAGAAUCGCGAAAGCUCAGCAUGGGAGAACCCAGAGCUGAGCGAUGCUUUGCGCAGUCGAUUAGGAAGCAAUUAUCUGCCCUUCAAGUCUUCUGUGAAGCAGCUAAACAAGAAGAUCAACCUUUUCGGGCGCAAGUUGCAGCUAGACAAGAAUUUCCAGGACAUUAGCCGUAUAUCCAAUCUUACGGCGGGGGCGAUUGCGCUUGAACCAUUGCGACUUCAAAGAAGACGUAAAGCCAACACGGAGUAUCUGAUCAGAUUUCGUCAGCAGGCAGAGAAACUAUACGACGCUUUCAACACACGAUGGUCGCCAAGGUGCAUGUGCCAAUGCACACAUCAAGCAAAUUUGCGUCUUGAUAUACAAAAAGACGACGAAGCAGGUCAAUCUUCUACAUUCAAACUUGUAUUCACUUUUGGCUCAUUACACGCUGGAACAACCGCCCCCUGGAAGUCGAUUCCAGUAGAAAUCGAGGCUGUUGAUGUCAUUGAUACGCCAAAACCAUACAACAGCUCACCGCUUCCCAGUAUUAUAGUCCAUUCGAAUAUCAAAGCACACGACCACUGGAAGUGCCUGAAGAGAGCUCCAGACAUAGUCGAUUUAUGUGCGACACUGCAACGCUGUCCAAGUCCAGACUGCAUAGGGGUGAUGAGCAGCAAGCUCGCCAAGCACCACAUCCACACUCUCCACUUACCCAGCGCAAAGACGACCGACAAGCGAGUCACUUUGCAAGAGAUUAUGACGACACAAGGUACAAUCUUUCAGAUCAAGGAAAAGUGUACACUAGCCCUCACCCUCGCUUCCGCAGUCUACCACCUUCACAACACACCCUGGCUAGAAGAAACCUGGGAUCUCAACGAUAUAUGCAUCCUAAGCCAAUCCUUACUAUCCGACCAGCCAUACAUAUCGCGUGAAUUUCCUGCCACAGCUGCAUCACCAGCACAGAGCCAAAGGAUGCGUAUCAUCAAGAAUAGUAUCAUCUUCGCUCUCGGUGUCGCCUUGCUGGAGAUCUCGUAUGGAAAGCUUCUAAAAACGUUUGUCACUCCAGAAGACCUCGACGCGAAUGGAAACCGUACAGCUUUCACCGAUUAUCUCAUAGCGGAUCGUUUGGCAGAGGGCUUGCGAACGAGGGAGUUGCCGAACUAUGCGGAUGCGACGCAGAGGUGUAUACAUUGUAACUUUGAAGCUUCGGUAUAUAGUCUCGAUGACGACGAUUUUAGUGAGAGGUUCUAUCAAGGGGUCAUCGUGCCGUUGAGGAAGGACUACGAGUAUGUUGUUAGUACUGCUGUGGCGUAA